AUGAAGGGGAUACUGCUUGUGCUAGCCUUGCUGGUGACCAGAGAGCUGGGCUUCCAGACUGCAGAAGCUUGCCCUCUCUUUUAUGGAAUCUUUGCUGCGAUACCCACUGGAAGCAAGACAUUAUUGGAUGCUGCCCUUGAUGUGGCCAAUUUUACAGAACCGGAAAAGGCAGCUGUGGAAAAAAUCCAGGAUUGCUACAAUGAGAAUGGAUUAAAAGCCAAGGCCUUGGAUGCUAUUGCCAUGUUCUCCAUUACUGUCAGCCCGAGCUGUAUCCUCUCUUACUUGAAAUCAGUGGAGGAGAAACUUUAAAAAGGCCUUUUCAACCUUCAUGACCAGUCAACACUCUGAGGAGAUGAAUCUU